AUGUUACAGACAUGGAAGGCCCCGAUUGUGGGGGGUCUAGAUCUUCCUCCAAGGUUCUGGGCAGCGGUGAUCCGUGGCCAGAAAUGGUCUCGUGGCCGAUGGCUGCGAGUAAAGCCUGGGACGGUCCUGCACCGGAACCAGCAGAGGCCAUUUUAUAGGGAGCCCACAAUCAAGGUCCCGAACAGACCCAAGAUCGCCUGGCCCAUGACUGGCAAACAAUUCCACACACUCAUUGGCCAACAGACUGUGACUGUUGAGGCCAUUGAGUCCCAGGCCAAGGGUGACCCCUUCGAGCAGCCACGCGGGAACUGCCAGAAGGGGGAUGGAUUGUUUUCAGGCUGUAUACAAGACCCGGGGGAGAUUCAAACGCUGCAGCCAUCGGAGAGUUGCAGCGCAGUCAAAAGAGACUGCCGCGACAACCAUGGGCCAUUCGAAAACUUCUGGGAUGAGCAAACUAAGCUCAUUGAAGCAGGCCACCUUGUGCAAGACCGCAUUACAGGCCAUGGUUAUCAUGGAAGAGAAGAAUAUUGCCCACCUACUUGA